AUGGGUUGCUCUAUUUUUAUGGGUACUAUCGUAUUAUGGUCUGGUGUCAUUAUUAAUAUGGCCAAAGAGAAAGUAACAACGAAUGUGGAAGCUUAUUUUGCUAUGGUUCAUAUGGCUCUGAUGAAGACGUUAGGAAUACUCUGGGGUUUUUCAGCCGAUGAUGAAGUACUAUCAGAUGAUGGGAAAAGGGCGUUUAGAAUGGGUCGGUAUGCAAUGGAAGACUUAAUACCACGUGUAGCGAUGCAAAAUUUAGAAUCAUUUGGAAUUGAUGCUCUUUUUGGUCAAGAUAGUCGUCUUCAGAGUCGACAGAGUGACCUGGACGUGGUCAGAACAACAAGCAGAUUUUGAUUGUUACAGAAUACGAGUUGGAACUUGAAAAUUGCUAAAUUAUUUUCAGCAUAUUUUCUGUAUAAGAACUACUCUAUUUAAUCUCAUAUUUAAUAUAUAAACCUAUAAAAUUCCUUUUCUUUUGAUCGUGGAUUGAGACUGAAAACAAUAUAGAGAUUCUUACUAAAAAAAAGUACUUGUAAUUCUGUACAUCAUAAAUCUCGAUACUAUCAAGAAGACUGUUAAGGAAACAUGGAUUAAAUAUUACUCAUUUAAAUUAAUUUUCUUGUCUUUGCAAGAAUUGCUAUUCCAUUCAUAUCCUUGGACUGAUAGAAUGAAAAACCAUACACACAAUCAUAUAAUAUACAACUACUGCGACAGCAAAAAGACAGAGAAUUCAAAAAACAUAAGUCGAAUACUAGUGAUUCUCUUUCUCCAAUAUGUAACAGUAAAAGCAAUCAUGAGUGGGCAAUUGGAGUAUGGUUCGAGGGAGAAAAAGCAAACUUUAAAGUUCAACAUUCGAAGAUUGAAUGAACGAAUGGAAGUCUAAGAAAUUACAUUUUAUCUUUGUGUCACCUAAAAUACAUAAUCCAUUAGUUACAGAUAAAAGGGAAUUUAUGUUCAUAUGGUAUGGGUAUGAGUGACUGACAAAGACAAUAGACGUUCAUGCCCAUAUUUUAAGAUUGAAUAUUGAUCAUUUGAUGAUGCAGAUGUGAAUGUGUGUAACCUACGUGUAAAAAGUCUUGGUAUAAAUUUGUUCAAUACAUUUCUAGCGCGGGAGUGUGGUUUCUUCACGUUUUUCUACAUCAACUUCUAGAUCAUUAGCGAAGCUUUAAGAUAAUAUAUAAUACGUUACAUCCUCGUUUUAUUUUGUAGAUAUGACACGUUCAGAGAGAGAACACCUGCAAAAACAGGUUGUACAACACUACAUAACUGUAGCAAACAAACAGAAGAAGAUUACUGUAAACCAUUUUUUACAAGAGAAAAUUCCUCGCCAAAAUAUAUACAAUAUUAUCAGGAAGUAUGAAGAUUGUGGUCAUGUUGGAGACAAAUCCAGAUCUGGUCGUCCAAAGAAGCUGUCAAGUGGACACUUAACACGACUAAAACGCUUAGUGAAUCACAAGACUGGCAUUUCUUUACGUCGAAUAGGGUGUGAGUGUGGGUGUGGGAGUGGGUGUGGGGUGUGGGUGUGGGGUGUGCGUGUGGGUGUGGGUGUGGGUGUGGGUGUGGGUGUGGGUG